AAUCGCAUUUUUGGAGCAGUCGCCAUAUAAUCCGCCAUUACAUUUUGGAGUUUGCGUAAAUUGGUCGUUGCACUGUCUGCGGGCAUAACACAACUAGCGGUUAUCAGUGACAGUUUUUGGUGUUCGUGCGUCGUAUCGCAGCGUUUUGUUUAAACAAAGAGAGCUACGUUUAAUCGUAUGUCCAUCCAGAAUCUCAACACAUUCGACCCAUUCGCCGAUGCUAUCAAAAGCUCGGAAGACGAUGUACAAGAUGGACUAGUCCAUGUCCGGAUCCAGCAGCGGAACGGGCGCAAAACUCUGACAACGGUGCAAGGCCUGUCAUCGGAAUAUGACCUGAAGAAAAUCGUGCGGGCAUGCAAGAAGGAGUUUGCGUGCAACGGAACCGUCGUGGAGCAUCCGGAGUACGGCGAAGUACUGCAGCUGCAGGGCGACCAGCGAGAGAAUAUUUGUCAGUGGCUCACUAAAUCGGGGCUCGUGAAACCGGAACAACUCAAAGUGCACGGCUUCUAAGUUCCCGCGUCCCCAACACAUAACAUGUUCUCAUCGUGACAUCAUCAUAGUUCUAUAUAAUAUAAUGAGAUUGUGCGCAUUAUAACCCUAAAGGAAAAUGUAUCUAGAAAGCAUCGAUGUUUACAGAGAUUAAUGGACAAGGCCUUGCGGCCCGCGCCCUGUGCCUUGCUGUCACCUAAUGUAAUAUAAAAUGUGGAUAUUUUUGAAUACAACGCCGUCUCAACGUGUCAGACAGCUUUAGUUGCAAAUUAUCGCCGAACGAAAUAGUAUAAUCAAUUUUUUGUUUUUCCUUUUAUAUUAUUACGUAAAUAUAAAUUGCUGGAAUAUGUGA